ACCUCACUCGCACUGGCAUAUAUACAUUCGAAGUCUGUUGUUCACGGCGAUAUGAGCUGCCGCAAUAUCCUUGUCUGUCAAGAUUGGAUUGUUAAGAUUGGCGAUUUUGGAGGUUCUAUGAUCGAUGAUGGAGAGUCGUUAGGUAUUGGAGAGGAGAUCCGAUACGAGUUGCCUUUACGUGGUAGGACAUGGGAGGCUCGGCCAUCUAUCAAAAAGGAGCUUUUUCCUUUAGGCAGUGCUCUUUACGAAAUUGCGGCCUGGAAAAUGCCCUUUGACGGAUUGCAGGACGAAGAAGUCGAAAAGAACUACGCAGAGGAGAAGUUCCCUAGUGUUGAGGCGUUAGUACUCGGAGAUAUCAUUCGGCGCUGCUGGGAUGAACAGGUCGAUUCAGCAACAGAUGUACUUAAAUUUAUCGUAUUGUGUAUAUUGGGUAAGAUGGUUGCAUAA